AUGCGGUUAAUUAGCCACUUAACCCAAUUUUUUAUUUUUUUAAACUUGAUAUCUUUUAUCGAUUUUUCUUUGAGCUCGAAAUCGAAAAAGAGUUCAACUUCGUCGUCGUCGUCGCGGGAUUUCUUGGAAAAGGAAGGUAAACAAUGGUCGAAAGUGUCCUGCAAAAACAUCAAAAAAGAUCACAUCAUGAAACUUAGAGCCAAGAAAUCAACUGACCAGCUAAUGUCUUGCCUUAUAAAGGCUUUGAAAGAGUCAAAUGAUGCCUUUUUAUGGAGUGUUCUUGGGGAGUCAUAUCAGAAAUUACAAGCUAACACUAAAGCAGCGAACACAUGCUUCAAGGAAGCUUUAAAGCGAGGGGGAAAAUUGUCAAAAUUUAUACCGAAGUGGCACUUCAUUGGACCAUUUGUUAUUGGCAAGGGAGAGGUCGAUGGAGAUCCUGUGGAGGAGUAUGGUGGGAUCAAGAAUAUCUCACAGUACAGAUGGGAUAAAAAAUUUUUUCUGUAUUCGGAGCUGGUGCCUGGAGGAGAGAUAAAGUGGAUGGAAGUCAAUCAAAAAACAGGUGCCGAACCGGUAGCUGUCGCACCACCUGUAAACUGGAAUGAUUUAGUGAUGUCCUUACAAUCAAUGGGAAUAACUGAAUGGCAGGGAUGGGUCCUAGGAGAUUUUUUUGUCAAUGAAGAUGAUGCCACAGUACUGGUGCAAUGCCUUGGAGUGCAUACUGUAUAUAUUGAUGAUUCUAUCUUGACAGGAGAUGUGUACAGAAGAGAUCAGUUUUGGUGAGAUAGCUGGUAUUUUAUUAUUAUGUUAUUGUGAACCCUAAAUUCUCCUUACAGCAUCACUGUUGAACAAGCAUCGCAGGGUAAUGAGAAAAAAGGAAAUGAUCACUAACUAAAAUAGCAACUGGUUAUUAACCCUUUACACUUAACUUCAGUAUGCAUAUUCUCCUUACUGUUCUCUAAACAUUUUCUAAGUGCUGACAAGGAGAAUUUGUUUAACAAUCAAGAGCUUCUUUAGUUGGUGAUCAUUUCCUUUAUUCUUGUGACCAUAAUGUUUUCUUCAAGUUGAUAAUGUAAGGAGAAAUUAGAUACUUGUCACUCCUAGGGGUUAAAACUGUAUAUGAAAUGAAUGGAGAACAGUUUUGAGAAUGUGCUUAUAGAUGUUGAGGUUAAAUGGUUUAAUCUGCUCUUAAUCAUUUAAAAAAGACUUAAGAAUGAUUUUAAGCAUAAACAAACUCUGUUUCACCAUCAUCACUAUCGUAAGCAGACACUGUUUCAACAUCAUAACCAUCAUAACCAUCAUUAGCAAAGUAUUUAGAUCUCAAGUUAACCCUUUAACUCCCAUGAGUGAUGAAGACAGAAUUUCUCCUAACAGUAUCAAUACAAUAUUAAGCAGACAAGUAGUGAGAAUAAAGAAAUAUAUCAGUUUGGGGAUAAUUGGUAGAUCCAAUGCUGAAUUCUCUGAACUAACAUCAAAAGAAUUGUAUGGUUGACAGUAAAGAGAAUUACAAAUUUGAUCUGGGAGUUGAAGGGUUAAAUGUCCCAUAUAAAUAUGGUAUUACCGUUUUUCAACAUACAAAUUCUUCAUUUUCAUUGUUUUGCUAAAGAAAUAAUUUUUAUAGUUAGACAAGACAAAGUGGAAGUUAUUUUAGAGCUCUGUAGUAGUUUCAGUGCCACAUGGUAAUGUCAGUUUUAAUUUUACUUACCACAUUUUACUCUCAGUGUGUGCUUUCCUCUAGUUUUAACCCUUCAACUCCUAUGUGUGACCAAGAAAGAAUUUCUCCUUACAAUAUCGAUACAAAAUCAAGCAGACAAGUGAUGAGAAUAAAGAAAAAUAUAAAUUAGGAGAUUAUUAGUUGAUCCAAUACCAAAUUCUCCAAACCAACAUCACAAGAACUAUAUGGCAGAUAGUAAGGUGAAUUACUAGUGAGAUCUUGGGAGGUAAAGGGUUAACUCAAAGUUAGUCUGAGAAGUGGGUUUAAUUUUGAAUUAAUGUGGCUGAGAUCUGACACUCUUCCAUUCUUCUGUAGGUCAUCUAUUAAACUAUCUCGUGGAAUACAUACCCUAAAGCUUCGUCUCAGGACCAAGGGAUCCAUUGCAUUCACAUAUACUAUUAAACUUUUAGAGACAAAACAAACAUUCCAAGUUUUAUCUCCUUCGUUUUUACCUGAUCUUGUUGAUGGAAAGCUCUUCUCAACAUUUAUCUCAAUUCCCAUUAACAAUUUACAUAGCUCUAAUUGGCUAAAAGUGACCAAAGUUUCUACAGUGAAAGAAUCUUCUUCGAAUCCCCAGUUUUCUGUGAGGCUGACAGCUGACGACAAAGCUUUUGCUAUAGCUCCUGGGCAAGUGCGACCAAUUAAAGUCAUUCUAGAAUACAAAAAUGGAAAGCAAUAUAACUUGGAUGACGACAAUUGUUCUGAUGUGAAACUUUUAUUAAAAAUUAGCACCAAUAAAGGACAAGAUCAGAAGAUUACGAUAAAUCUUAGAUGCCGCAGAGUAAGCCAAUCAUUUUUGUUUACAUUUCUUGACCAUGAUGCUUCAGUUCAGCAUGGUGCAGCCAUUGUUCCCUUGGUGUCUUGCCCUUCCGGAGUCUGUCCUGCUCUGCUGACUCUGCAUGGUACAAGUAGGUGCAAAAAGAGAGUGUUUAAAUGUUUAAAUGCAAGAUCUAUUUUAUGCAGUCAAAUGCAAUUUGCCCUUCGUUUGGUGCAUUCUUGCAUGUGCUUUGAGCAUGAACUUGCAGUGUUGUGAGGAGUGGGAGCUCUUCAUCCAGGCAGUUUUCCCCAGCCCUUCUCUCCUUCUUUCCUCAGGAUCAAGAGGUCUAAGUAAAUACUCUGACUAUGAUAAUUUUAGGGUUGGGUCCAGGGAUUUUUGAAAGGUUGGGGAUUUUUCUUUACAUUCACCUUUCUCUUGUAGCCGUGCCUCCACAAAAUCAGGCUGACAGCUACAAACGCAUGGAGAAUGGGAAGUGGGUGUUUGGUGUUGACCAUCUGUGGCUUGUGGCACCCACCAGACAUGGGGCUCAUAACUGGGAGGGGCCUGGAGAGCUUACAGCUAUGAUGGCCCUUAGGAGCUUAGCCAAGCUUACAAAAGAUGCUCCAUGGAUUGGACCUCAAGCUGAUGCAAACCAAGUUGUGUUUGCAGGGCAUUCCAUGGGUGGACAUGGAGCAUGGUAGGACGUUUAACAAUUGUGAAAUACUUGUGGAGAUAAGGGAUAAAUUUUAGAUCUUAUCAAGGGGUUGUGGGAGGUACAAUGGCUGUUGUGUUACCAUGCUGGACUGUAAAAGUGAAAGGGUUAGUUUUGAGCUUUCAGUGGCUAGGGUCAUUGCAUGGUGCUCUUUAGUUUUUUUGUCCCUAGCGUCUCCUGCACCCUGGGGUACAACCAGAAUCAGAAAUUUUUCUCAGGUGAAUUUGACUAACUACUGGGUUUACCUGUUAUAGACAUCAAGCAGAUCAAUAUGGAACUAGUAACAAAGUACUCCAAGAAGCUGUGGUGAAGUCCUCAGUUUCUGCUCCCCAACACAAUCUGAUUAGUUUCCAACUUCCCAUCCACCACAUGCAAACAAACCACACUUAAAGGUUUACAUUUCCAUAUGAUUUUAUAUUCCCUUCACUGGAUUUAACAAGGUUUUUCUCUAAAAACUGACAAGCACAUGCUCUUCAAAAAUUACAAUAAACCCAUUCAUGUAAAAUUGUAUGAAACCUACUCCUAUUGUUUGGACAUCAUCUUUCACUGCCAAUCUCUGUCACUCUGGACUUACAUUCUACAUCUGCUUCUGGUCAGCAAUUAGUAAUAAUAUGAUCAAGACAAACAUAAACAACAAGAAUAGUAACAAUUUUACAAAGCUUUGUGUUAUUGGAACAAGGAGUAGUCCCAGACUACCCCUAGCUCCUCUAUGCUACAGGAAUGGAUAAACUGCAAGCUGUGGCUAUGAGCUAUAGACUUCAACAAGGUCACUGAGUUCCCUCUUCUCCACUUUUUUUUUCACAUCAGGCAGCUUGUUACCCACUAUCCAGACAAUGCCUUGGCCUUAGUUUCGGCAGCUGGUUGGAUCAAGAAAGAAGAUUAUGGAGACUCCAACUUGUUCUUCCGUCAUGACAUCAGCACAAGUCACACCUCUCCUUCAGUGAAGAGUAUACUAGAGGCUUGUACUGCAGAAAAUGAUGCUGAUAAGCAUGUAACAAAUUUACAUGUGAGUUUCCAGUUUUCAGCGUCUCUCAUUUGGGGUCUAACAUUAUUGCUCUUUUAAAUCAAUUAAAUAAUCUCAAACAAAAAUUUUAUGCCACAAAAUUACCAAUAAGAACCAUGUUGUGUUGCAUAUUAAAUGGUACCACAUGAAAGAACUGCCCAGUAGCCUAAUUGUUUGUUAAUGAGUGGUCACAUUUUUGGGUUUCAUCCAUAGACAUAAAUUUUAGAACCAUCUUGUACAGUAUAAAUAAACAGUACUACUUGGGAGUACUUUGUAUAAGUAACUUAUAAUUGAAUUGUUACAUGCACCCAGGGGUUUUAUCCACAGUUUCAAGGUUAGAUAGUAAUAAUAAUUAUAAUAAUUUACAUUUCUAAAGCGCUACAACUAUAAAAAUAUUCUAAAGAGCUUUACAAAAUAUUCCAUAAAAAUAUUAAAAUGAUCCACCUAGAUCCACCUUGUGCAGCAUAAUAAACAGUAACACAUAAAAAAAAUGUUCAGUAGCUUCAUUUAUAAUAAAUGGUCACACACUAGAGUUUUUAAUUCACAGACUUAACUGUUUAUGCCCUAACAUCAACUUAUGCAUAUUCCCCAGACUGUUCUCCAAACAUUUCCUAAGGUGCUGAAAGGGAGAAUUUGUUUCACAACCAAGAACCAUUUAUAUUGGUGAUUGAUCAUUUCCUUUAUUCUCAUGACCUUAAUGUGUGAUUCAGGGGUGAUAUUGUACAGAGAAAUUAGAUGCAAGCCACUUCAGACAGUAUAGUGAAGAGUAUUUCAUAGAACUACUACUACUGAGUCACUUCAACUUGUAGUUUUUUGGCAAGUACUGUAUGAUUCAGGAGUAAAGGAAGAUAACAUCCCAAUUUGAUUUCCAGGGAGUGCCAGUUAUGAUAAGGAUUGGAGCAGCUGAUAGGACAGUGCAUCCUUAUUUCACGCGUCGCAUGUUCCGUCUUUUGCGGGAACAGAGGACCAAUGUCACGUACUCUGAGAUAGCAGGCAAAGAACACUGGUGGUGGGAUACAUACAAGACAAAUGAUGGAGGCGUUGUGAAUGAUCCAGUCAUAAGAAAAUUUUCUGUUGACCAUGCAAAGAAUGCUGCCAUCAUCUCUCCUGUUGCAAGUUAGAAAUUUCAAUUUGAGGUUUUUUUUUUUCUUUUGACAAUAUCAAAGUAAUAAUAUUAAACAAAGCUAAAUGAAUGGAAAAUGUUUUGAACCAGUUUUUUGUCGAGUGAUUGUUUGCUUUAUUUAUUUAUCAAAUUAAUUUUUUAUUUGAUUGGGCUAUACUAUUGGGCUUGAGGUAGACUUCAAGUUAUUUUGAUGCACAUCAAAAAAAUACAAUUACUUUAUUAAAUUGUUCUACUUUUUUCAUUGAGGUCACUGUGAGAAAGAUGGAGAUUGCAGCUCAGGUGAUACAACAGAGAAAUACAAAUCCUUUUCUGCCCAAACAACAGAUCGAAACACUGCAGGAAAUGGGAAGUUUCAGCUUACUGUGUAUAACCCAGUUGCAAACACAGGUUAGAAGCUGAAGUAUAUCUUUUUAGAAGUAUUGCUUUCCAAGGCUAAAGAUUGAAAGUUUUCAGUCUUUUAAUUGUUGAUUAGAUUCAUGGUAAAUUCUCAUUACCCCCCUCUCUGAUGAGCCGUUUUCUCUAAUAAGCUCCUUGUGUAGAGGUUCAAGCUUCUAACAAUCCCCUCUUUGAUUACCCCACCCCCCUGUUUAUAGCUUCAAGUUUCUAAUAAGCCCCCUCUCUGAUGAUCAUCUUAUUGAAAAGCUACAAAUUGAUUUAAAAAGCUUCCUCUCUAACAACCUCCUUGGUCUGGAGCUACAAGUGUCUACUAAGCCCUCCCCCUUCUAAUAACCCCCUUAGUCUGGAACUUCAAGUUUCUACCAAGCCCCCUCCCCUCAUAUUAACCUGCCUUAGUCUGCGGCUGCAAGUUUCUACCAAGCCCCUCCUUCUAAUAACCCCCCUUAGUCUGGAGCUACAAGUUUCUACUAAGCCCUUGCCCCUCAUAAUAACCCCUUAGUCUAGGGCUUCAAGUUUCUACCAAGUCCUCCCCUCCUCCUUUUAAUAACCCCAUAGUCUGGGGUGUCAACUUUCUUCCAAACCUUCUUCUCUCAUAGCCUCUUUAGUAUUAAGAGCUACAUAUUUCUACCAAGUCUUCCCCUCUAAUAACCCCCCUUAGUAUAGAGCUACAAGUUUCUUCCAACACCUCUCCCUCCUCCCUCAUUUAAUAACACUCUUAGUCUGGGGCUUCAAGUUUUAAAAAAGCUCCCCCUUUCUAUCAAUGCCCAUAAUCUAGGACUUCAAGUUUCUAUCAAGCCCCCCUCUCUACUAACCCCCUUACUUUAGAGCUAUUAGUUUUUACACUGUUCUCCUUUUCCAAUGAUCCCUCCCCUCAGAUAAGCCCCUCCCUUACAUUAGUCCCCCUUGACAACACCCCUCUGGAAUCCUUUGAAGCCCCACAGGGGGAUUAUUAUUUCAUUUACCCUCACAAUUGAAAAAAUGACCUUGAACAAUGGUACAUGGUAUUAAAUAAUGGGAUUAUAUGCUUUUUGCUCAUCUUCCAGGUUUGAGAGGUGUGCGUGUUAUGCAACAGAUUAUUCCUUUCCGUAAAAGUUCAAUUGAAAUUUUCUUCAGUUCAAAUUUGGUUGUCCUGACCACUGUAAAUGUAGCAAGGAUCUGCCUUAAAGAGCCCUCCAUAUCUCCUGUGUCAUGGCAUAAAAGAUCAGUUGAGGUCGACGGAACUGUGGUCAGUGGUAUGAAAUAUCAAGGUAAGUUGAUUCAAUUGAUGCAUUUGGAUAAAUUGUUGGUCCUGUGUUUAGUGAGGUAGACUUUAAAAUCAAGAGGUCUGGGUUCUAGCUCAAGCCAGGUUAGGGUAUUUUGUUCUAUGUGGAGACACUUUGCCCUCUAAGUGCAUUAAAAGUUCUUGCAGUAUUGCAAAUCGUUCUUGUGCUCAGCCCUUUUUUUCGUCGUGAUUGAAGCCUUUAGAUUUAUAUGUGAAGAGCCACAAAUCUAGGCCCUUUCUUUUGGCCAAGCUUAGAAUCUUGUGCUUUGACUGUUUUCUUUUUUUCUUUCCUGUACUGCACAGCUGGCCAAGAAUGUGUUAUUUCUCUGUGCAAAUCUGAUGUUAACUCAUGGGAGUCCUGUCACGAUACAAUGUUUGAGUCCAAAAUUGUGAGAGGCCCAGCCAAUAUGGGUCCUGCCAGGAGGGUUGCCGAGGGACCUUUUCUUAUAGUUACAGGUGAGCACAUAUCAUAGCAAACCAUUUUCUAAAGUAGUAUUUUAAUGCAUAAUAUUGUAUACUUAUAAACAACUGUAGAAUACUUUGUUGUCGCUACUUAUUAUAGAAUUGAUUCCUGAUGCUGUGUGAUCAAUACUAAAUGUGUAAGCGGCACUGGCACCCACAAUGACCACGGGUUUAACAAAAAUAACGAAUUUUUAAAGGGAAGUUGUUUCAUAGCGUGACAAGCUUCUUUGACGAUCGCCUAUAGCCUAAUAUCCUACGUAAUUUUCUCUGGGUUCUCUGUAUUUUUUCAUCUGAUUAAACUAUGACAACUGUUCAAAGAAAUGGGUACCCUUUUUGCCUACCUUUCUAUGCUCAUGCAAAGGAGUUUCGACAUGAACGGCUAUGAAGGAGCCAUUCAAAAAAUGAAUACUCUUUUGCUAAUGCCAAGGAGUCUCAACAUGUAUAUGUUUGAACAUCAAAUUUACAACAACCACAGCAAAAGGACCAAAGAAGGUUAGCACCAGAGUCCAGAGAAAAUUGACCUCUUUACCGAGCACACGAAUCCCGGCGGAACAUGAAUCUUUGAAGUAAGCUUUGAAAUCUUCUUUGUCUUGGCGUGUGUCGAAGAUUUUCGUAUUGGUUUCUUGGUCACCAUAAUCACUGUCUUGCACCAGCUCUACAACCUCUUCCAGGCACCUCUUGAGAGCAGACAUCUUGUACAGUGGGAUGGCGUACAAGACCACGUUUUGGGUGAUGUCAAGAACAGCGGUGAUGACGAUCUCUGUUGUCUUUAUUCUGUACUGAUCGAUCACAAUCUUGGUAUGAGGAAUUAGUGAGGGGGACAAUCCAUUUCCUGUAUUCGGGAAGGAUUGAUUGCCCUGGUUAAUAAGCACGAAAACAUACGGGUAGGAGUGUUUGCCGGUCAAUCUGUGAGGAAUGGCUUUAAUGAUAUCUCCACUGAGGCCCAGGGUUUGUAGAUUGGUCGUUGUUGAGCUUGCGGCUAUGUAAUACGUUGUUUCGUUCUUGGUUAUAACAGUUUCGACUUUUUCCACGAUGGAGAAAAUCUCCAAGGAUGUCGCCAACAGGAGCAUUGUGAUGUACAGGGCCAAGAAUACUUCAAACGCUUUCUCUGUAUCUCUGAUGAGAUUUCUAAUCCUUUUAGCUUGAUUCCUAGCCAAUUCUUCUUUAGGAUAAUGGCGAGUUUCUAGCCUUUUUCUAAAAUUGUGUACUUCGCAGUUGAGAAAGAACAGCAGGCUCAGGAACGCGUAGAACACUGGUAGAGCGAAUGCACGUUGCACGAUGAAGAACACUCCAUCCAAAACAACUUGAGGAGGCGGAAAGGUCUCAUUUUUAAUUGAGAUAUUUCCAUGUUGGAUCUUUGGUUCCACGGGGAUGACUUCAGGAAUCAACAUCUGCGAAACGUGUAAUCCGAGUGGUAGGCUGAAAAGAAACAGAAAGGACGCAACGACAAACGGUAAGAUGGAACUGGACGAGGCUCUUUGUCUGACAUCUUCUUUGGUGAUGGUCAGCUUCUUCAGGAGUUCCUCAAAGUUUCCCAUAAGGAAAAAUAUCAGACCUGUGUGAUGAUUCACGAUCCAGCUAAAGCCAUAAGCCAUAUUCUUGAUGUCUGUUAGCGGACACAGCCAGUCGACCUCUUGCAAAGUUCGCAACCCCAUAAAACCCAUGGAGUACACGAAGAAAGCCCACAUAAAUACAACCACUAUGGCUUGCCACACAGCGUACAGGAAACGACAAACUUUAGUCGUCGAUGGUGUCCAAUUCAGUUUAGAUUCAAGAUAAAGGCGAACUGGCUCAAACCACUGCCCCGUAGAGACGAAAUACCAAACAACAAAAGGAUGCAGCAGCGUAUGAUUGUUAUUAUCCUUUGCGGCUUCUCUUGUUUGGGCUAUACUACGCGGAUCGAGGUUAAAAUUUGCAUCCUCAUCUUCCGCUUUAUACCCCUGGUUUUCUAUUCCAAGGAGUUCCUUCAUUAUAGCGUUCUUUUAGCUCUUUUCUAUCCGGCUGUAAAUACAAAUAUAUUGCUUUAUUAAGACAGUAGAAUUCUUUUGUUCCGCACAGUUUGUUUCAAGGGAAACCCCCCUUUUCCACUCGCGAGACGUAAUUGGUCGAGUAAUAAUGAUUCAUUUUCUUAGAAAGAGAAAGUCAGUGAACCGUAGAACGUCCCUUCAUAGAGACAAUGCGAAUUGACAUACAUGGUCAGUGGACGUCUCUGGAAAGUAAAGUCGGUUAAUAUCAAAAAUGAAAACUACGUUGCUAUUUUAGGAGUUUCUUAACCGUUCGCUAUCGUUGUUUAUUGCUCAUCUAUCGAAACUGAAUGAAUACAUGAGAGGGUUAGAUUGGUCGCUCUGCGAAAUUCACGAAAAUGUGAGCGUUGUGCACGGUCAACUUGAAUUUUGCUAAAAUGUUUCGUGAAUCAACAAUAACAAUCGCCAGUCAAGGAUUUGAGUAAUUGUUGUAUGUUCUCGUGACUUAUAAGUUUGAUAGAUGGGCGCUUGUAAGUCACAGGAUAGUCACGGGACAAGCUGGAUCAACUUCUCUUUGUGUUGAUCUUUCCGAGGUCAUGAACUGGCUGAACAUCAAAAUGAAAUGCAUUUUCAUGAAUUGUCAAGGUAAUUGCUGUAUUUUCUCGUGACUUAUAAGUUUGAUUGAUGGUAAGUCACAGGAUAGUCACGAGAGAAGCUGGAUCAACUUCUCUUUGUGUUGAUCUUUCCGAGGUCAUGAACUGGCUGGACAUCAAAAUGAAAUGCAUUUUCAUGAAUUAUCAAGGUAAUUGCUGUAUUUUCUCGUGACUUCUAAGUUUGAUUGAUGGUACGUCACAGGAUAGUCACGAGAGAAGCUGGAUCAACUUCUCUUUGUGUUGAUCUUUCCGAGGUCAUGAACUGGCUGAACAUCAAAAUGAAAUGCAUUUUCAUGAAUUGUCAAGGUAAUUGCUGUAUUUUCUCGUGACUUAUAAGUUUGAUUGAUGGGCGCGUGUGAGUCACAGGAAAGUCACGAGAGAAGCUGGAUCAACUUCUCUUCCGAGGUCAUAAGCUAGCUGAACAUCAAAAUAAAAUGCAUUUUCAUGAAUUGUGAAUCAAGUAGCAUACUUGCUAAAGGAAGUAAAGCACGAUAGAUACAUUCGUUACUGAUUUUUUCCAAUAUUUUAUCAUAUUCUGUUGCCCAAUUAGCAGAAUCGCACCUCAUCGGUCAAUAUUUGAGUAUCUUACAGUGAAAAAGACUAAGAUUAAUUCUCGGAAAUGUAAACUUGUCAAACUGUCAAACAAACAAAUAAACGGAAUUACACAAAAAAAGAUGACUGACAAACGAAAUUUCGAGAAAGGAGUCAAUUAAGAAAUGCUGACUGAUGCAUUUUCUUUCUUUCUGGCGUUGUGUGACAAGUUCAAGUAAACUGAUGGAAAAUUUGCAAGAUAUUGUGCAUUUUGCAUAACAUAGUUAGAUCUUGCUUGUCGGCCGUUUGUAAUCCGUGUGCUCCUUUCAACCGUUUUACCUCUAAGAAUGACUACAUGUAAUUUCUCCCAACAAUAUCACUCCUGUAUCAAACAUUAAGAUAACGAGAAUAAAGGAAAUGAUCACCAACUAAAGAAGCUCUUGAUUGUUAAAUAAAUUCUCCUUAUCAGCACCUUAGGAAAUGUAUAGAGAACAGUAUGGAGAAUAUACAUACUGAUGUCAGGGGGUAAAGGGUGAACACUGUGUAAUAUUUAUCAGAUAAUAUUAUCUCUACUCUUUUUAUGUUCUUUGUUUAUUUUUUAAUGUUAUUUAACCAUAGCAAACUUUUGUUGUAUUUAUUCAACACGAAUAUACUUAUACUAGUUUUACGACAUUAGAGCUAACGAAUGGAAAACUGAUUAGAAAGAACGACGAAACUUGUUAUUUAUUUUUUUUGUUAUCAUUGUUAUCAUUUGUUUAGUGUUGUUGUGGUUAUUAUUAUUAUUGUUGUUUUUGGUUUUUUUUGUACGAUUUUAAAGUACUUUACUAGCUAUACACUGCCCCAACCUUUACCAAAGGUACAGAGUCCGCACCCACCCUCCCAUUAAAACAAAAUUUAAUUGGUUAAAAUGAUUUGUUCAUGUAUGGUUUGUGAGUGCGAACUCGUUAGAGGCCCUGCCAAUAGGGGCCCAGCCGCACGGAUUGCUAAGGGACAUUUUUUCGAUAGUCACAGGUUAGAACACAAAAUGGCCAAUUAUUCCACAAAGCAGUAUUUUAUUAAGAAUAAUUUUAUUCGAUUUAAAACUUGAUCUAUUCUUUUAAAAGUUAAUUGUAAAGACAUUUUUUACACUUUUUGUAGUAUGUGAUAAACCUUUGGAAAACUUUUGAGAUGCAUUGCAUCCUGUAAAGAAUGAAAUCUCUAUUAGCGCACGCUACAAUUAUAGGAAAGCAGAUCGUUUUUUCACUAUAAAGUUUCCCUGUUAAUCUUUUGACUCCUAAGAGUGACUAGCAUCUAAUUUCUCCUUACAAUAUCACCCCUGAAUCACACAUUAAGGUCAUGAGAAUAAAAGAAAUGAUCCCCUAUUAAAGAAACUCUUAAUUGUUAAACAAAUUCUCUUUGUCAGCACCUUAGAAAAUGUAUAAAGAGCAGUAUAGAGAAUAUGCAUACUGAUGUUAGGGUUGUGAAAGGUCUUAACUCUGUGAACCACAUUGUUUUGGAGUGGAUUGAUCUUAAAUCACCUUAUGCACCUAUCGUCGAGAUUGAAAGUACAUACAUCAUUUGCAGUAUUUACAAUUUUUCCCAUGGGUUUGCAAAUAUUACGGUUUUUUGUACAAAACUUACGUGUUUUCUUUCUUUUAAUUUCAACUUAAUUUUGCAAAGAAACGUUGCUUAGCAACGGGAUCAGCUUUCGGUCCCAUUCUCCUUUGGGAUGUCACAUAACUCUCCCCAAAAACGGGUAUGAAAACGGAGAAGUGUUGCGUGAGAUCCCAACGAAUAGUUUUUUCUUUCUUAAUUGCCCUAAUGUAAUGUGACAAGCUUCCUUGACGAUCGCCCAUGGUCUUAUAUCCUGCAAAUUGUUGUAAGGGUUCACUAUUUUUCAACUGCUUUAACUAUGGCUGCUGUUCAAAGAAAUGGGUACCUCUUUUGCUUGUUUUUAUGCUAAUUCAGAGGUGUUUCAACAUGUAUAUGUUUGAACAUCAAGUUUGCAACAACCACAACAAAAGGACCAAUGAAGGUUAGCACCAGGGUCCACAGAAAACUGACCUCUUUACCGAGCACACGAAUUCCGGAGAUGCAUGUAUCCUUGAAGAAAUUUUUAAAAUCUUUUUUGUCUUGUCGCGUGUGGAAGAUUUUCAUGUUGGCGUCUUGGUGAUCAUAAUCACUGUCUUGCACCAUCUCCACAACCUCCUCUAGGCAUCUCUUGAGAGCAUGCAUCUGGUACAGUGGGAUGGCGUACAAGACCACGUUUUGGGUGAUGUCAAGAACAGCGGUGAGGAGGAUCUCUGAUGUCUUCAUCCUAUACUGAUCGAUCACUUGAAGUGACGAGGAGAGCGUUCUGCCUCCGAAACCCCCUGUUCCCGGUAAGGAUUGAUUGCCCUGGUUCACGAGCACGAAAACGUGCGGGAAGGAGUGUUUGCCGGUCAAUCUGUGAGGGAUGGCUGUGAUGGUAUUUGUAUCCAUCGUUUUCAGACUGCUCGUUGCAGCGCUUACAGGGAUAAAGUGCUCGACCGUAUUGUUCACGGUUAUGACAGUUUCCACUUUCUCCACGAUGGAGAAUAUUUCCAGGGCUGUCGUCAACAAGAGCAUAACGAUGUACAGGGUCAAGAAAACUUGAAACGCUUUCUCUGUAUCUCUGAUGAGAUUUCUCAUCCGUAUGGCACGUUUCCUAGCUUGGUGUUCGCGAAGAUAAUUGCGAUCUUUUAGCUCUUCUUUAAACUUAUUUACUUCGCAGUUUAGAAAGAACAACAGGCUCAGGAACGCGUAGAACACUGGUAAUGCGAAUACACGUUGCGCAACGAAGAACACUCCAUCCCAAGCAACUUGAAGAUGUGGAAAGGGCUUAUUUGUAACUGAGAUAGUUCCAUUUCUGAUCUUUGGUUCUACGGGGAUGACAUCAGGAAUCAACAUCUGCGUAACGUGUAGUCCGAGUGGCAGGACGAAAAGAAACAGAAAGGACGCCACAACAAACACGAGGAUGGGACUGGACAAGUAUCUUCGUCUGACAUCUUUUUUAGUAAUGGUCAACCUCUUUAGGAGAUUCUCGUAGUUUCCCAUCAGAAAGAAUAACAGACCUGUAUGAUGAUCCACGAUCCAACAUAACCCAUAAGCUAUAUUCUUGAUGUCUGUUAGCGGACACAGCCAGUCGACUUCUUUCAAAGUUCGCAACCCCAUAAAACCCAUGGAGUACACGAAGAAAGCCCAUAUGAAUAGAACCACUAUGGCUUGCCACGCAGCGUACAGGGAACGACAAAGUUUAGUCGCUGAUGGUGUCAAGUUCAGUUUAGAUUCAAGAAAAAGGCGUACUGGGUCAAACCACUGUCCUGUAAAGACGAAAUACCAAACUGCAAGAGGAUGCAGCAGCGUAUAAAUCCUACCAUCUUGUGGGGCUUCUGUUGUUUCAUGCGGAUUGGAUGUGAAAUUUCGCUUUCACUUUCCUCUUCAUCAGUCUGCGUUCCCUUUGGAAUGAGUCUUUCCGACAUUAUUAGCGUUUCUUUUAGCUCUUUUCUAUCCAGCUGUAAAUACAAAUACGUUGCGUUAUUUAGUAGAGUUCUUUUGUUCUGUAGUUUGUUUGAAGGGAAACCCCCUUUUCCACUCGCGAUACGCAAUUGGUCGAGUAAAAAUGAUUCAGUUUCCUAGAAAAAGAAAGUCAGUGAACCGUAGAGGGUUCCAUCAUAGAGACAAUGCGAAUUGACAUACAUGGUCAUUGGAUACCUCUGGAAAGUAAAGUCAGUAAAUAUCAAAAAUGAAAACUACGUUGCUAUUUUAGGAGUUUCUUAACCGUUCGCAAUCGUUGUUUAUUGCUCAUCUAUUACUAGUGUUUCUUUUCGCUGCCUUUAGCUUGAAAAUACAGAUCUGCUGUCUCAACGCUCUUUUGUUUACAACCGUUCUCUGAGGAGUAAUCCCCUUGUUUGACUCUCGAAAAGUGAUUGGUCGAUUUAAAAUGAGUCCUUGUUCACAGAAAUAUAGAGCCAAAAAACGCUUAAAUAUGUUAUCGCAAUUAAACUGCGUAUUGAAAGGUGAACAUUUAUGAUGACUGUUACUGCACCGUUACACUAAGGUUUGAAUUUUGCUCAAGAGUUGCGAGAGGCAACAAUAUUGCCAAAGUUUCUCCGAUAUGCGGGAUACAUUUUAUCAAAUUGUUUGAUUUGCUUAAGCUCGAUAGGAAUCUAUGGGCGAGCCAUGGGUUAGUCACGAGACAAGCUGGAUCAACUUCUCUUUGUGUUGAUCUCUAUGGGGUCAUGAACUGGCUGGAAUUCAAAAUGAAAUGCGUUUUCAUUUAAUUUGAAUCAAGGAGCAUAGUUGCUUAAAGGAAAGCAUGAUAGAUAAUCUACAAAUGCUGUUUCCCAGCAAUGCUACGUCACAAUAUGGGACAGGAUUUGAAUAUCUAAUACUGGAGAAAACAGUUGAUUCUAAGGAAUGUAACCUUGAGAGAUUGUCAUACAACAGAGGAAAAAGUAAAGAAGAAUGACAAACGAAAUUCCUGGAAGUGGAGAUUGUUGAAAUUUAACGAGUUUUAUCUCUCUCUGUGAAAAGUUAUUUUGAUCUGUCUGGCGUCAUGUAACAAUUUCUAGGAAAUAUUUGCGGUUCAGGUUUUCUUAUCUGACGACGUGACCUUAUUUGGUCGUGUGAGACGUUUCAAGUGUAUCUGGUUGCUCUUUCAAUCGUUGAACACCUCCUAAUAUUUUCGCAGCUCGGUACUGAAAUAUCCGCCUCUAUUCGGCUCCACGCACUUCGAUGAACAGUUUUAGUAAAUAACAAACAGACGUCGAAAAAAAAUAGUUUAUUUCUGUAGAUAUGCCAAAAAUGGUCCGAAAUUAAAUUUUUGACGCGUCAUUUUUUCUCUUCGGCUGCUUGGAGGCGAAUUAUUAUUGCUAAUCGCUCCCGAUCCAGUCAACGCGUGUGAAAAGCAUCAUUCACCUGUGUGAUGUAAAAUAACCUCUGACAUUUACAAUGUAUCAUGGUUGCUCCUUUUAUGUUUGUUCUUUCUACUGUGAUGUUAUUGUACCAUAGAAAACUGUUAUUUUACCUUUUUUGGUAGAAAGUACCAGCAGUUGUUUCUGACGCUAUAAACACAGUGAACAGAGUCAGCUGGCACUCAAGAGAACUGUUGAAAGCGCACUUGCUAUUUUUCAGUUAGUUUAUCGUUUUUAUGUUGUUGUUGUCGUCGUUGUUUUUGGAAAGUUCUGUACUAACUAUACAAUGCUCUCCUCUUUAACAAAGAUACAAUGUCCUUACCUUCCCACUCACGGAAACAACGCUUUAGUUGCUUAACCAAAUUCCUAAAAUAUACCUACAUGUUUUUACUGCGCACAGAUAGAACAAAAUAUACAGCUCUUGGUUUUUAACCGAGGAAUAAAGCUAUGCUUUACUUGAAGUGCCAUAAUCCGUCAAAAUUCACUAAUGAUUCGUCGUACGCUGCACUAACAUAUUUAGUCAGUGCCUUUAAUUUUUCGCUUCCUCUUAUGCAGGUACCUCAUCUCAAGCGAAUCACAUUACCACAACCUUGAGGCAGUUUGCAGUGUAUAUAGCGAACCUCUUCUUUUUAACGUCUGACGCCUGGGUGCCAGUCGUUUCUGAUACUGACUUAAACGAGGAAACCGCUGAACAGUAUAACUUGAUACUCGUUGGAAGUCCUCAAGAAAAUUCUUGGAUUAAACAAUUUCACGAGAAAGUUCCCUUGAAGCACGAGAGUAACACUCUGGUUUUGGGUAAGUAUUACAAGAAAUUUCUUGACAAAUUGAAUGCAGAGCCGUACAUCAUCUUAGACGUGUUAUUAAUCAAGCAGCCCACAAUACCUGAGCAACAACGGACAAAGCCACUUCCAUUGAAUGGGAUGCUAGUGCAACGAAGGGUUACCCUCCUUUUCCCCCCCCCCCCUCCCAGCUCGUCGUAUCCAUUUAUGCUCCUGGGUGGAGGGGGUAAAAUGACUUUCCCCAAGAUGUCGAACCCAGACCCCUCAAUCCAGAUUCGAACCCGAUUAUCACUUGGUCACCGUGUCCCCUACAUAUUCCUUCCUCUACGUGAUAUGCACUUCAAAGCUUCGAGAAAGAAGGAAUACAACCUCAAAAGGAAGAUACUUGACGCUUUUUUUAAAACAUCUUUUGCCCGACAGGUCGUUGUACAUUCUCCUCUCCCCAGACCGGCGCGGUUUUCCUGGCACCACACGCUGGCUCUCGCCUGGCAUUAAUUAUUACUGGAAACUCCAUUGAUGGCAUUCGAGACGCCGUGAGCCUGGCCACGCCCACGAUUCCACCGAUGACAAGAUCGCCGUUUUCAAAUAUGGUUCCUGAUUACGUUAUAACCGGUCCGAUGUUCCGUUCUCAUGGGCCCGGUGGCUACCUUUGCACUGGAUUUUGGAACAACCACUGGGGUUUUGGAAGAGAGAUAUCGUCAUGUGUUUGUUGAUCUGUGAGAGAGGCCGAUAAGAUGUACGUGUGUCACGCCUUCUUCAAAAUAGUUGGUCACUCUUGUGUCACGCAAUCUCCUGAUCUUAAGUGAGGCCUAUUAAGGAAUGUGCGAUUACAGUGGGUGAUUAAAUAUAUAAACAAAUAGAAUUCUGUACUAAGGGUUAGUGAAUCUUCGUCUAGGAAAGAAUUGAGUAUUGACUGUUGUGCUUUGAAGAACUUAGCGAAAAUACUUUGAUGCAUAGAUGAGAACCAAGCAACAUAUUCAACCCAUGCAUGACACAAGCUCCCGUUUUAAAACGAAGCUGGAGCCUCUGAUAUGAACACUGGUUUUUAUUAUCAAGGCAAAAAAGCAAUAUUGAUAUUGGUGCUAUAUAAGUAUUAUUAUAAAAAAGUCAUUUUCGCAAGUAAUUUGUUGGCACUUGGCCUCAUUUCUAAAGUGAGGCAGUUUAAAUUUAGGAUCGAGGCCAUGGCGGACGAAAGCAAGCGUUCAACCUCAUUUCGAAAGUGAGGCAGUUUGAAUUCAGGACCGAGGCCAUUGCGGACGGAAGCAAGCGUUCAACCAUUUUGUAAUCACAAAUGCAAAAUAAAAAAAAAUGCGCUUUGCAUUUUGUAAUUGAGAG